ACGAUAAGACAUCCAGUAGGCGUUUUAACCGUGCUUGUUCACGUAUCUGAACGCGCCAGUGAUUAAAACUAGCCUGGACUUGUGUACAGAAAGGAGAAGCACACGUAAAUCCUGAGACGGGACUGAAGGCAGCACCAAUGGCAGAGUGGAACGCCUACUACCAAAACGAGGAUGAGGAGGGAGAGCAAGAAGAAGGGGAGCAGUCAGGGGGAGACUACAAAAUUACAGGGAGAGACAGCUUGGUGUUCUUGGUUGAUGCCUCCAAGGAGAUGUUCAUCAAAGGGGAAGACGGGGAACCCUCCAACUUUGACAUGACCAUGCAGGUUGUGCGCACUGUGUACACCAGUAAGAUCAUCAGUAGCGACAAGGACCUGGUGGCUCUGGUUUUCUAUGGCACAGAGCAGAGCAAGAACCCCAGAAACUCAUUUAAGCAUGUCUACGUGUACCAUGAUCUCAAUGAGCCUGGUGCAAAGCGAGUCCAGGAGGUGGAUGCUCUGCGGGGGGAAAAAGGUGCCAAGCUGGUGGCAGAGACCAUAGGCAGUGGAGAGACAUCAUUAGGAGAUGCUCUGUGGUGCUGUGCCAACCUCUACAGUGACAUCAAGCUCCGCCUCUCGCACAAGCGGAUUAUGAUUUUCACCUGCAGGGAUGAACCACAUGGAGGCGACAGCGUGAAAGACCGACAGGCUCGCACCAAGGCCAGUGAUCUCAAGGAGACUGGCGUCGUUAUUGAUUUAAUGCACCUGAUGAAACCGGGGGGCUUCGACAUCUCGCUCUUCUUUUGUGACAUUGUAAGUCCACCAGAGGAUGAGAGUGAGCUGGGGCUCCAGCUGCAGCCUUCUGACAAGCUGGAGGACCUCCAGAAACGGGUGCGGGCCAAAGAGCUGAAGAAACGAGCCUUGGCAAGGUUAAACCUGUGCCUCGGGGAGGGCAUAAAUGUAGCCGUGGGAAUUUAUGCAACUGCUGUGGCAGCUCGCAAACCAGGUUCCAUCAAACUUUACAGGGAAACCAACGAGCCAGUCCGCAGCAAAACUCGAACCUUCCACACUCAAACUGGCAGUCUGCUGCUGCCCAGUGAGAUAAAGAAAGCCCAGUAUUAUGGCAGUAAAGAGAUUGUGAUGGAGAGGGACGAGGUGGAUGCCAUUAAGAAGUUUGAUGACCCUGGAUUGUUUCUGAUUGGAUUCAAACCGAUGGAAAAGCUCAAACUGCAUCACCAUAUCCGGCCUGCUGUCUUCCUCUAUCCUGAGGAGGAUGAGGUGAAAGGCAGUUCAUGUCUGUUCUCCGCCUUGCUGAAGAAGUGCAGCGAGAGGAACGUGUUCGCUCUGUGCCGUUUCAUCUCCCGCAGAAACUACCCACCUCGGUUUGUUGCCCUAUUGCCUCAGAAUGAGGAGCUCGACGAGGGGAAAGUACAGAUUACACCACCAGGUUUCAACGUCAUCUACCUGCCAUUCGCCGAUGAUUUGCGGACUCUGGACCCUCCGCAGUUUCCCUCGGCCUCACAAACACAGGUGGACAAGAUGAAGGAGAUCGUCUCCAAACUCAGGUUCAAAUACAGGAGUGAAGGUUUUGAGAACCCAGUCAUCCAGCAGCAUUUUAGGAACCUGGAGGCCUUGGCUCUGGAUAUGAUGGCUCCAGAGGAAAUUGAGGAUCUUAUCAUGCCAAAGGUUGACCAAAUAGAUGAGCGUCUGGGUCCUCUGGUCCAGGAGUUCAAAGAUCUGGUCUACCCUGCCUACUACAAUCCAGAGAGCAAGCCAGCUGCCAAACGCAAAACAGCUGAUACUGGAGGUGGAGCUGAGAAGAAGCCCAAAGUAGAGCUGACAGAAGAUGAGUUGAAGGCCCACGUGCAGAAUGGCACUCUGGCAAAGCUGACCGUGCCCGUUCUAAAGGACGCCUGUAAGCAAUUUGGGGUUCGAACCACUGGGACCAAGAAGCAGGAGCUGAUAGAUGCUUUGAUUGCCCGUUUAGGCUCAUGAGGAGUCUACACCAGACUUACUCCACAACAGCUUUGCACAAACAAAAGUUCUGGUUAAUUUUGAAUCUGUUUGAGCAGUCAUCAUGUAUGGUUCCUGUGCUUCUUUUAAACUCGCUACGCGGCCCUCACAUGGAACAGACGCUGUGUUUUCCUGUUGGGCAUGAUUAGAUAAGAACAGCGUGACAGCCCCAUUAUCUAUAAAUACUGUUUGAAUGUUUAAAAAAAGAACUGUCAUUCUGUUGUAAUCAAGCACUCACUCUAGUGGUGUUUGAAAUUAUAAAGAAGUCUAGAAGCAUUGGAAUACACUGAUCUUAUAAAUACUGUAACUAGUGGUGACACUUGAUGGCGUUGCAUUUGC